AUGCGAGCACGAGGGCCCGGACACGUGAGAAUUCGAUCCCCUCCGGCCAAGAUAAGGGAUCACCGAUCCGAAUGGCGCCUUGAUCGAUGUCCACAACGUCGUCGUCGAGACACGCGUGAUGAGCGUCUUCGGAGUUUGAGCCCUCUUGAACUCGAGAGGUCUCAAAGGGGUCUGGGCCAUGACCGUAGGAGCACUUCAGUCGAGAGAAGAGAUUACGCCAGGCAUUUGGAUGGUGGGAGGGACUGUAGGGUCGUUAGAUCCCGGUCACCCCCUUACGGCCAGUCUGGUAACCGAUCACAGUUCAAUGAGGACUGUCCAUCCGAUGGUUUCCGCCAGAAAUAUCUAUUGCCUGAUCCUGUUUUUUCGAAUGCUGAAACAAGACCCAGUCUGAAGUUCGUCGAUGAUAGCGGUGGCCCUGGUAUUUCUAGAAUUGGUAGAGAGAAGGAUUUCCAUUUCAGUUUCUCUUCUGCGCUUGAAGAGAAUGGUUUGGUGAUUCCAAAGUCUUUGAACAUGGAAGAUGGAAUGUAUCGAACGUCCUUUACUCUGCCUCCUGAUGUUGCCCCAGUCAAAGCUGUCGGGGAUAUUGGCCAUCGUGAGGUUGAGGAUUUUCGGUAUGGUGUUCAUCCACAUCCAGAUAAAAUAGCUUCAAGAGAAUCUUAUAAAAAAGAGAAGCCAUUGCUCUAUUCAAGGGAUGCUCCUUAUAUCAUUCCUUUGCCUCAUCCUAAGGCCUUUGGUAGUACGUCAUCUGGCCCUUCAAAAGAUGACUUCCUUGGUUUUUAUGGUGGUGGUAGGCCUCCAUCUUCACAUGGAUUUGCUAGGAGGGGUGAAAAUGUGAGAGACGCUUAUAACCAUGAUGAUUACAGCCAAGCUCCACUUCUUUUCUUUGGAAAGGACACUAAGCUGCGACUAAAAGAUAUGGCAUCCUACCAGUCAAGCCUGCUUAGUCCAUCUAGGUAUGAGGCUCAGGAAUAUAAUUAUCCUAAAAUUGGUAGAAGAGGAAAAAUUGAACUGGAAUAUCUGUCUGAUAAUUUUUGCAGAAAUAUGUGUCCAGGUGGUAGAAUGGACUCUGAUAAUAAUAAUUCAGCGAGGCCAAGCUUAAGUGACCCUAUUGUAGAGAGGCUUGAAGCUGCUGUUGGUUCUCAUAAAACCAUGGCAGAGGAUGCAUUAUGGAACCAUAUGUCUUCAAAAGGAGAACUGGCAUCAAAUUACUAUGAUAUGAAUCGAACUUCAUGGGCAACAAAGCAAGAUAGAAAGAUAUUGGGUUCUAGAAGUAGCCAUCUGGAGUACAGAUCAGGAAUGUCGAGGGAUCAUGAUAAUGAUAUCUCACAGUCAGAUAGAGAUUAUGGUUUUGGAAGAGCUGCUGGUCCAUUGUCUUACAGGGAAAGUUUGAAGAGUUCAACAAUGUCCGAAUGCAAUGCAGAUACAUAUGAGCUUGAUGUAAGCCCACAAAGGGGAUUAAUGGCAGAGGAGUUGGACAUUUAUGACGUAUCUGAAAGGGUGAUAAAUAGAAACCACAUUGUUGAGGAGAUGAAUAGAUACAAUUGCAGAUAUAUAUCAUCAAGUAAUGACAAUACAACUAGCCAGGUUCAGGAGUCUACCGAUAGUGAUGAACAAUGGACUGGUGAACAUUCAACUGGUUUAUUAUGGUCGAAACGGUUGUGCACUAAACGCUUCCAAUAUGGAAAGACUGGGAGGGUAUUUGACAGAAUUACACACCGUAGAGUAUCUGCAUCUGAUGAUUGGGUGCCUUCUCAAGAUCUAUCUAUACAUGCGCGAGGGUGUCCCAUCGAACCUCGUAUUGUUGGUUCUGGAAAAGUAAGCGUAAAGAAGCGAUUGAGACUCGGUCCCUUAAAUUUUCAUAAUCCAUAUCCUCUAAAUAGGAGAAAUACUGUGUACAAAUCAUACAAAUUUCGGAAGAAAAACCAAGAUGACUGCCAUGGUGAUUUCAAUGGUCAGGAUGUUGGCCCAUCAGAAGAUCAAGGGGUUCCAGCAAAGCCUGAACCACCGGAAGGCUCUGAGAAGUUUAACCAGAAGGCAUAUGAUGCCUUUCUUAGGUUCUCUAAACACUUGAAUGAGAACCCAGUUCAGCAAAGAAGAUACAUGGAACAAGGGAAUGCUGAUAGUCUGCUAUGCAUCAUAUGUGGCAGCCAAUCCAAAGAGUUUGGAGACACACGCAGCUUGGCAACACAUGCCUCUACAUUUCAGCAGCAAUCGAGAGCAGACCAUCGGGGUCUUCUCAGAGCAAUCUGUGUUUUGAUGGGGUGGAAUAGUAUUGUGCCUAGUGGUGGUACAUGGGUACGUGCAGACUUGUCACAUGCUGAGGCUUCAUCUCUGAAGGAGGACCUCAUUCUCUGGCCUCCUCUCGUCAUCAUCCAUAACAGUUCCAUUGGCAACAAUAAUCCUGACAGACGUAAGGUCAUAGCAAUUGAAGAAAUGGAAGUUAUACUCAAAGACAUGGGGUUUGGUGGGGGGAAGACCAAGGUAUGUCAUGGCAGUCCUGCAAAUCAAAGUAUUAUGGUGGUGAAGUUUGGUCCUACAUUUUCUGGGUUGCAAGAUGCAGAAAGGCUUCACAACUACUAUUAUGAAAACAAGCGUGGCAGGCAGGAGUUACAACGGAUUAAUGCUCAUUGCAGCUAUGAAAAUGGGAAUGCAGAAACUGUACAGGGAGAUGAGAUGGAGCCUGUUCUGUAUGGGUACUUGGGGAUUGCAGAAGACCUGGACAAACUUGACUUUGAAACUAAGAAAAGAUCUUUGGUGAAGAGCAAAAAUAACAUCAAGGCCAUUGCAGAUGCUCCUGUGAAGUUGGAAUGAGAGGUCAUUGUUGUUUAUAUUCACAUAUGUAAGUAAAACCCGAUGAAUAUACCUUGUUUUCCGAUUGGAGAAGAAAAGGAAUGCUGACCAAAUGUUGA